CCAAAACGUAGCUGGAAUUGUUGCCCUUCUUAAGGUUUGGCAAUUAGGUUUUCAUGAUCUUUAUCUGUUGAUGGAACUGCCCAAAAUGGCUGAAGAAUCUCACCCUAAAGAGGAACAUUUGUCUAAGCUCAACCAGACAAGUGACCCUGACUAUGAUUGCAUUGGCAGUCCUCGAAGUCGAAAGAUGUCUGCUAGAUGGAAUCCAGAUGAAGCGUGCAGACCUAGCAUCGAAGAAGCGCCUAUAUUCUAUCCAACUACUGAGGAGUUUGACGAUACACUUGGUUACAUAGCAAUGAUACGCCCGAAAGCAGAACCUUAUGGUAUAUGCCGGAUUGUUCCUCCGCCUUCCUGGAAUCCACCAUGCCCUCUUAAGGAGAGCAGGAUUUGGGAACAUGCUAGUUUUUCUACACGUAUUCAGCAAGUUGACUUGCUUCAGAAUAGAGAACCCAUGAGAAAGAAAAGCAAAAGUCAGAAGCGAAAACGACGAAGGGGCUCUAGAAUGGGGAGAACUCGGAGGAAGACUGAAUGUGGUUCAGAAACAAAUAUGGCUUCGGAGACUGAUGAGAAGUUUGGGUUUCAAUCAGGUUCAGACUUUACGCUUUCAGAAUUUGAGAAAUAUGCUGAUCAUUUCAAGGAGUGUUACUUUGGAGUGAAGGAUAUGAAGGCAGAUACGAACUCUAAUGGAUUGGAGCAGAAUAAAAGAUGGGGCCCAUCAGUGGAGGAAAUUGAAGGUGAAUAUUGGAGAAUAGUUGAGCAACCAACAGAUGAGGUGGAGGUGUACUAUGGAGCUGAUUUAGAAACCGGAGCAUUUGGAAGCGGAUUUCCUAAGGCAUCAACCACGGCAACUGAAAGUCAUUCGGAUCAGUAUGCAAAAUCAGGGUGGAAUCUAAAUAACUUUCCACGCCUGCCAGGUUCCGUACUCUGUUUUGAGGAAAGUGAGAUUUCUGGAGUUGUAGUUCCAUGGCUUUAUAUUGGGAUGUGCUUUUCUUCGUUCUGUUGGCAUGUUGAGGACCACCACCUCUACUCACUGAAUUAUAUGCACUGGGGUGAGCCAAAAAUAUGGUAUGGAGUACCUGGAAGUCAUGCAUCUGCGUUGGAAGGUGCGAUGAGGAAAGAGUUGCCUGAUUUGUUUGAGGAACAGCCGGAUUUACUUAAUGAACUGGUUACUCAGCUAUCUCCUUCAGUUCUGAAAGCUGAGGGUGUACCCGUGUAUCGAGCAAUCCAACAUUCUGGAGAAUUUGUUCUCACCUUUCCAAGGGCGUACCACUCUGGAUUUAAUUGUGGGUUUAACUGUGCUGAGGCAGUGAAUGUUGCCCCUGUUGACUGGUUAGCUCAUGGACAGAAUGCAGUUGAACUUUACAGCAGGCAGCGUCGCAAGACCUCAAUUUCCCAUGACAAAUUGUUGCUAGGGUCUGCACAGGAAGCUGUACAAGCCCUUUAUGAGCUAUCAAUUCUUGGAAAUUCAACUCCUACGAAUUUAAGCUGGAAAAGUGCAUGCGGGAAGGAUGGAGUUCUUACCAAGGAAAUUAAGACAAGAGUAAGGAUGGAAGAGGAAAGGCUAGAUCGUCUGCCAAUUUGUUUGAAGCUGCAAAAGAUGGAAACAGACUUUGAUUUGAAAGAUGAGAGAGAGUGUUUUUCUUGCUUCUAUGAUUUGCACUUAUCAGCAGCCAGCUGCAAGUGCUCCCCCGACGUAUAUUCAUGUCUUAGACACGUGAACCGUCUUUGUUCAUGUGAAGUGGAUAAUAGACGUGUCCUUUACCGGUACUCUAUUAACGAAUUGAAUAUGCUAGUUGAAGCGUUAGAAGGUGAUUUAGAAGCUUUAAAAUUAUGGACAUCAACACAGGAUUCUUUAGUAGUUUCGGUUGAUAAAAAAGUUGUUAGUGUAGGUAAGCAAGAAGUAGAAAAUGGUAAUUUCAGAGUUGACUCGCAUGAUCGAAGGGAAAAUUCAUCUUGUUUCCCUGCUUCAGAAGAGAAGUUGAACGCAAAUGCCUCUUGCAGUUCAAAUAGUGAUGGUUCUUCCAAAGUGAUCCAAUCAAGAGCCAAGCAGGAAAGCUGUAGUCCGAGCUCAUCUCAUGUCACUACAGAUAGUCAUCAUGACACUGAUGAAACUCCGAUCGUGAAAGACAAUGAUAAAGCAGGACAGCAGUGCUGUAUUGAUCUGAAUCUUGAUUAUUUGUCUGGUCAACAUGAAAGUAGGUUGAUGUGCAUGUCUGAUGACAGUUUUAAUAAGAAAGGAAACGUUUGUGAUUCUGAUGUAAAAAGAGAACGAAAUAUGAUGGACAUUGAUAGUUAUUGUCAUAACUCUACCCAAGAUGUCAGGGACGUGGAGAAAAAUCAUGCAUUCGAUGGUAAUAAGUUGUUCGGAGUUGAUAUUUUAUCAUCACAUUCUCAUCGACAUGUGCCAUCAACCAGCUUGACAAAACCAGGAAUUUUGAGCAGUUCGGAUACUAAGAUAUUCAUGACUGAUCAAAGAGAAUCAUUAUGGGAAUUGGGUCCUCACAUUGAGCUUAUAAAUAUUGGUUCAGUUGUUUCUGGAAAGCGAUGGUGCAGCAAGCAGGCCAUAUUUCCAAAAGGAUUUAGGAGCCGUGUUAGGUUCUAUGAUUUGCGGAAUCCAACUAAGAUUUGUAGCUAUAUAUCCGAAGUUCUUGAUGCUGGCCUUAUUGGACCUGUAUUUCAGGUUUCUUUGGAAGAGCAUCCUGGAGAAAUUUUUUCCAAUAUCUCAGCAGAGAAGUGCUGGGCAAUGGUUUUGCAGAGAGUGAAUGAGGAAAUAAAGAGGCAAAAUAAUCUAGGAAAGCAAGUACUGUUCCCAUCACAGCCUUUGCAGAGCAUUAACGGGCUUGAAAUGUUUGGGUUUCUCUCAUCAUCCAUUGUGCAGGCUAUAGAGGCUCUAGACCCUGAUCAUCAAUGCACGGAGUACUGGAACGACAGGCGCACACCGCCUGCAACUCUCGGAAACUCUACUAACGUACUGAGGAAGCAUUCAGCUGAAUCAUCUUGCUCAAUUGGAGAAAGAAACACAAAACUUUUUGGUAUUAACUUGGUAAAGCAGGAACAGGAUAGUCCAUCUAUAGGAGGAGGUGAUAGUCUAAUUGAUAAAGAGGCGACAAUAGCUGUUAGAGGACUGUUAAAGAAAGCAAGUCCGGAAGAGCUAAAGACAUUGCGAAGAUUGUUCAGCAGUGAAUCACAAACUGCUGAGUUGAGAAUAGCAUUCACAUCAUUGAUUGAAGAAGAGAUUCAGAAAGAUGUAAAUAAAUAAGGAAUGGUGAUAGUAGGGGAAUUCUCUUUUUUUUUUUUUCCUCAUUCAAGGAAAGGUAUUUUUGUUUAACUAAUUCAGUAAUUUAGGUUUAUUCUUUUAGGGGAAAAAUCCAUAAAGAGUCACUUGACCUUCAUGUAGCAUCUGAGUUCUUAGUGGCUAGGUUGAUUGUACAUGAGAAGAACAGUUU